AUGUGUGGCAUUACGGCAAGUAUUGCCUUACCCAUGGUUUGUCUCAAUGGGACUCCCACCGACUACGUCGAAAACCCGGAUGAUCCAUCACUCGUUGACAAACUUCGAGCCUCUAUUGAGAAGAUAAAUUACCGUGGGCCGGACGAGUCGGGUAUCUGGGUCAACUCCGAUGGCAGUGUUGGUCUUGGCCAUUGCCGUCUUUCCAUCAAUGAUCUCUCACCCUCUGGCUCCCAACCUCUUUCAAGUGACGAUGGACAAAUCCACGCUGUUGUCAAUGGCGAGCUCUACGACUAUGACCGCUUGCGAGUGUUAUGUUCUGUCGUCCACGGCUAUGAAUUCCAUGGCGAAAGUGACAGCGAGCUAGUCUUAGCACUCUAUAAAAUUUAUGGAGCUCCUAAGUUUCUCAAGCACCUGCGUGGCGAAUUCGCAUUUGUUCUCUAUGACGGUCGCGAGGGACACAACAAAGUGAUCGCAGUGAGAGAUAGGUUUGGUAUCAAGCCGCUGUUUUGGACGAUCGUUGGCAAUAGAAUUCUACUUGCAGCUGAGGCGAAGGCAUUUUUGCCUUUGGGAUGGAAGCCGGAGUGGGAUAUUGGGUCUAUUAUAGAAUGCGGUUGGAUGGCUGAUGACAGAACCCUAUUCAAAGGCGUGAGCAAAUUGCGUCCAGGACACUUGAUGGAAAUCUCUGAGAAGGGAAUUGAGAUUCAGAAGUACUGGGAUGCGGAAUAUGCAGACAAGACCAAAGUAGACCCUCGAACCAUCGAUGAGAUGAUAAUCGGUGUCCGUGAACGACUCGUCGAAUCAAUUCGAUUGCGACUCCGCGCCGACGUUCCUGUUGGCGUAUAUCUCUCAGGUGGCAUCGACUCAUCUGCUGUGGCGGGAAUUGUGACACAGCUUGCAAGAAAAUAUCACGUCAAAAUCGGCAACCAAAAAGCAACCCGAGUGGCGUGUUUUAGUGUACAGUUUCCAGAGAAGUCUGGCUUUAAUGAAUCAAAUAUUGCCGAUCGGACGGCCAAAUGGCUGGGGGUCGAAGCAAUUAAAAUGAACGUUGACGAGGCCACAUUGGCAAAGCAUUUUGCAGACGCAUCAUAUCACUGUGAGCACGACAACCACGAUCUCAACUACGUAGCCAAGUUUGCACUGUCCACACUCCCACAAGAGAAUGGAGUGAAGGUUGUCUUGACAGGUGAAGGUUCCGAUGAGAUCUUUGCCGGAUACCCAUAUUUCCCACAGGACUACCUCCUGGAACCGGACCUAUCACAGCCAGACUCUCCGCUUGUUCCAUCCAGUGAGCUGCGAGAGGAUCUGCAAAAGGAUGCUGUGGCCGGAUUGAGGAACCUUUUCCGUAUAGUUGGAGCUGGCCAGUAUGGUUCGGAUGAGGAUGAGCAAUUUCUUGCAGAUGCAAAUGGCACAACAAUUUCUAACGCCCUAAAGUUCUCGCAGCCACCCGCAGAGAUCUUUGAAUCAUGGAUGCAUGAAACCAACAUGGUAUUUGACAGUAGGGCAGCACUUAUGGCGUCCCAGUCACCCGAAGUCCUGGCCAAGAUCCGCUCUAGCUGGCAUCCGCUGCACACGUCACUCUACCUCUGGAGCAAAAGUUCCCUACCCAACGUUCUCCUUUCGUCUCUGGGGGACCGCACGGAAAUGGCCCACAGCGUUGAAGGGCGUACGCCAUUCCUUGACCACCAUCUUGUUGAAUAUGUCAACGGCCUUCCCCCCAGCGUCAAGAUUGCGUAUGCGCCUGAAGCUCUAAACGGUCAGGACCAGGGGCCACUUUGGAAGCUGGCUGGCAGGGCGCUACAGGCGAUGACUGAGAAAUGGAUCCUCCGUGAAGCUGUUCGACCGUAUAUUACGGACGAGUUGUACCAGAGGAAAAAGUUCCCGUUCUUGGCGCCAUCACGGUGGCCCGAACAAGGCCCAUUGCACCUCAUGUUUGAAAAGCUUUUGACACGCGAAGCGGUUGAAAGUCUGGGUUUUGUAGACUACGAUGUAGUCCAGGAAAUGCUGGGGCGAGCAUUUGGUGCCAAUGAGGAUAGCAAAGCGUUCCGCACGGUGUUGUGCGUCGGUUCGUGGGUGAUCCUGGGACAACGCCUUGGCGUCAAGAAAGCGGAAAAAGCGGACUACAUUCGCUAG